UCUACUACCAACCCGAUGUUGCAAAGUAUUGAUUGGAACGAUAAAUCGAUCAAAGCGGUUUCAAUUACCGCCGCUACUGCGUUGUCUACUUACGUUCUUUACUCUGUACUUUGGCCCAAAAACCCGUUCGCUGACCUCCCAAAAACCAAAUACAGCUCUGUUCGCUCAUUCACUUACGACCCAGCUAAGCGAGAUGUAGAUAUAGAAGAGGAAUAUCCAAAAUUCGAGAGAAGCUCCUAUAUUGGAAAGCCAUCUAUUGUUGUCAACGAUAUCGACCUUUCACACCAUGUCCUUGCACGUCAAGAUCGGUACAAACAGGGGCAUUUGUUUGGUCGUUCGUUGAUGUUUUCUUACACCCAUCAACUUUUGUUCGGAGGCGUCAAUAUCGCGAACUCAAACGGCCACGACUGGAAAAUCCGACGAGACGUACUGGUACCUCUCUUUCAAGGUCGUGUCAUGGUUCCCGACCUUUUGCCUUUCAUCGUACGCCGAUCUCAACAAUUAGUAGAGGAAAUUAAAACUCACAAAGGCAAACCAAUUGACAUUGACGAACGUUACGCCACACUCACAGCAGAUGUGAUUUGUGAAUAUCUUUUCGCACAAAGUCCAGGACCAGGCGAGGUCAAAUUCGAUAAUUUUAUCAACCCUGCCCAAGCUUUAGCACAGCUCAAGCUGGCGAAUUUAUAUGCAAUGUUUGGAUUUAAAUCAUCUGCGACCCGUGAAAUCGAACAAAACUGUGCAUUUAUUCGAAAAAUGAUUCACAAAAUAAAGCGUGGAGAGAAACUACGCGAGAAUGGACCCCUUACCUUAGCUGAAAAGCUGCUGCAAUUCGAACAAUAUCAAGGACCCGAAGGAGAAGAGCGCCUCAUAUUGGAGUUGCUUAUUGUGUUCUUUGCUGGUCAUGACACCACUGCUCACUCUAUGACGAUGCUUACCUAUACACUGGCGAAAGAACCAGAAUGCCAAAAAAAGAUUCGAGAGGAAGCAAACGAACUCAUACCUGAUGAUGACAGCCUGACUGCCGCCAACCUAGGCAAGCUGAAAUAUACAUCUGCCGCUAUAAAAGAGAACCUCAGGUUACACCCUGUUAUUCCUGAGGUGGCGAUAGAAUGCCAUGAAGACAACACAUUGGGUCAAUGCCAUAUCCCUGCUGGGUCUACAGUAAUAUUGCCAGUAGUGCGUUUGCACAGAGAUCCCACCGUUUUCAAGAAACCGCUUUCAUUUGAACCGGAAAGAUGGCUUCAAGAAGACCUUGAUCUUCAUUCUGAUUUGGAAGCAGUUGGUAGCGGUAAAUCCCAGCUUAGCAAGGCAUUUUUCACAUUCUCUCAGGGUACACACAGUUGCCUGGGCAUGAAUUUAGCCUAUCUUGAGCUUCGUGUGGUGACUGCUCUACUCGCACAGAACUUUGACAUACAAUACCACGGACCUGUACCAGAAAUAUGUAAUGCUCUAUUAAGACUGACCGAGGUUCCUCUCAUGGAAUUCCAUGAACUUAAGAGAGAUUAGAUUGCAAGUUAAUGCUAUAUAGUUAAAUUAUGAAUAAAAUGAGAUAUGUACUACUUCU